AUGGGGGACGCCGCGCCGCCGGCGCCGGGGACCCUGCAGAAGAGCUACUUCGACGUGCUGGGGAUCUGCUGCCCCUCCGAGGUGCCCCUCGUCGAGAAGCUGCUGCGCCCGCUGCCCGGCGUGAGCACCGUCACCGUCAUCGUCCCCUCCCGCACCGUCAUCGUGCUCCACGACGCCGCCGCCAUGUCGCCCGCACAAAUCGUCAAAGCGUUGAACCAGGCUAGGCUGGAGGCGUCUGUUCGAGCCUACGGCAGUGGCUCCGAGAAGGUAGCCAACAAAUGGCCGAGUCCCUACGUUCUUUUCUGCGGGGUUUUCCUGGUCGUGUCGCUCUUCGAGCACUUCUGGCCUCCCCUGAAAUGGUUCGCGCUGGUGGCGGCGGCUGCCGGCCUGCCGCCGAUCGUUCUGAGGAGCUUUGCAGCUGCCCGGAGGCUCACCCUUGAUGUCAACAUACUCAUGCUGAUUGCAGUUUCUGGGGCGAUAGCUCUGAAGGACUACUCUGAGGCUGGGUUCAUUGUUUUUCUGUUCACUACAGCUGAAUGGCUUGAGACCAGGGCGAGCCACAAGGCGACUGCUGGGAUGUCAUCGCUGAUGAGUAUGACACCACAGAAGGCUGUUCUAGCAGAGACUGGGAAGUGGUCGCAGCUCAGGAUGUCAAGCGAGGUUGAUGAAAGUACCCUAACUGGGGAGUCCUUCCCAGUUGCGAAGCAGCCAGACACCCAGGUCUGGGCCGGCACGCUCAACAUAGAUGGCUAUAUUGCUGUUAGGACGACAGCUAUGGCUGACCACUCUGCAGUGGCUAAAAUGGCAAGGCUAGUUGAAGAAGCACAAAACAGUAGAUCCAAAACUCAGAGGCUGAUUGAUACAUGUGCCAAGUACUAUACGCCCGCAGUGAUUCCUGUGGUGAUCAGAGCACACAACCUCAAACACUGGUUCCAAUUGGCCCUGGUCCUUCUAGUGAGUGCUUGCCCAUGUGCUCUAGUGCUGUCGACGCCGGUUGCUACCUUCUGUGCUCUUCUGACGGCUGCGAGGACAGGGCUCCUUAUCAAAGGAGGGGACGUCUUUGAAACCUUGGCAAGGAUCAAAAUUGCUGCUUUUGAUAAAACAGGUACAAUCACUAGAGGAGAGUUCUGUGUUGAGGAAUUCCAGGCAGUUGGCGAAUGUUUCCCCAUGCAACAACUUCUUUACUGGGUUUCAAGCAUUGAAAGCAGAUCAAGCCAUCCAAUGGCAUCUGUGCUAGUUGACUAUGCCCAGUCAAAGUCAGUCGAACCCAAAUCUGAUAAUGUUACUGAGUUCCAAAUCUACCCCGGCGAGGGGAUUUAUGGUGAAAUCGAUGGGGAAGGUGUAUAUAUAGGGAACAAAAGAAUUUUGUCAAGGGCCUCAUGUGAAACAGUUCCUGACAUGAAAGAUAUGAAAGGAGUUACCAUCGGAUAUGUUGCCUGCAAAGGGCAAUUGAUCGGAGUGUUUACUCUCUCGGAUUCCUGCCGAACUGGAUCAGCUGAGGCCAUCAGGGAGCUGAGGUCACUGGGCAUCAAGUCAGUGAUGCUUACUGGGGAUAGUGCUGCAGCAGCUUCAUAUGCACAGAACCAGCUUGGGAACAUACUUGAUGAGGUUCAUUCUGAACUUCUUCCAGAGGACAAAGUGAGAAUUGUUGAUGAACUCAAAGCAAAACAUGGCCCUACUCUGAUGAUCGGUGAUGGCAUGAAUGAUGCCCCAGCACUGGCCAAGGCUGACGUUGGAAUCUCGAUGGGCGUAUCUGGUUCAGCUGUUGCAAUGGAGACGAGCCACAUAACUCUGAUGUCGAAUGACAUCCGCAGGAUCCCAAAGGCUGUCCAGCUGGCACGAAGGACGCACCGGACUAUCAUCGUGAACAUCAUCUUCUCGGUGAUCACCAAGCUUGCAAUCGUUGGACUUGCACUCUCUGGACAUCCGCUUAUCUGGGCAGCCGUUCUCGCAGAUGUUGGCACAUGCAUGCUGGUGAUCAUGUACAGCAUGUUGCUAUUGAGAUCAAAGGGCGGUCGGAAGGUGAAGAAAUGUUACGCCUCUUCACAGCAUGGGUCGCACGCAAAGAAGCACUGUGUUUCCCGCCACUGCUCAGAUGGUCCGUGCAAGUCGACAGGCUGUUCCAAAGAGUCGUCUGCUGGUAAGCAUGGUUGCCAUGAUCAUGGCCAUGCCCACACCCACUGCAAAGAGCCGAGCAACCAGCACCCUACAGAAAAGCAUGCUUGUCAUGAUCACGGCCACAGCCAUAACCACUGCAAAGAGCCCAGCAGCCAUGUGGUUACAGAAAAGCAUGUUUGCCAUGACCAUGGCAACACCCAUAACCGCUGCAAAGAGGCAGGCAACCAGGUGCUUGUGGAGAGCCAUGGUUGUCAUGAUCAUGACCAUGGCCAUAGCCAUGACCACACCGGCAAGCAGGAUUGCCAUGACCAUGAGCACAGCCACUGCAAAGAACCCAAGACUCAGCGUGCUGACAGUGAGGGUGCUUGCCAUGGCCAUGGACAUGAACAUAGGCACUGCGAAGGGGACAGCCACUCACACGCUACAGGUGAGCAUGGCUGCCAUGAACAUGAGCACAGUCACUGCAAGGAGCACAGCCAUUCACAUCCUACUGUUGAGCAUGCUUGUGAGCAUCAGUGCCAUGCUGAGCAGCAAACUGUGCACGCUGCAGAAACACACCACUGCCAUGACCAUGACCAUGGACAGCACAAGCAUGAGCAUGGGGAGAUUGAGGAGCCAGAAAAGGACUGCCAUGACCACAGCCACCACUGCUGCCAUGAGCCUCAUGACAAGGACAAGAUCGCAGCCAAGCCAGUUGAAGCGGUCACGAUUUCAAUUGCUGCCCUGGCCAAAGAUGAAGGCCACCACCACAGCGAAGAACACAAGGGGGAGCACUGCGGGAAGGCGAAAGACUGCAGCGGCAGCCCAGAGCCCACCGACUGUGCCGCGAGCAAGAACUGCUGCAGCGUGAAAGGUGGAGACACCUGCUCGAGCUCGCAGGCUGCGUGUGCCAGGGAGACCAGCCCGUGCUGCAGGAGCUACAUGAAGUGCCCCGGGACGACAGCGGCGGCGACGAGGAGCAGCUGCUGCGGCCACAGCAUGCUGAAGCUGCCUGAGAUCGUGGUAGAGUAG